AUGACAACAUUAAGUGAUGACUCAGACAGUGAAGAAGACACCAACACCAAUUUCGUAGCAUUCACCACAAAUCAUGAAAAUAACAACGGAGAAGAUAUACAAGAAUUACUAGAGGCAUAUACUCAACUACAUGCCAAAUGGGAACAAAUCAUCAAAGUAAAUCUAGAACUCAUGGAAGAAAAUCAGUUUCUAAAAGAUGAAAAAGAUAGAGGAGAAAAACGGUUCAAAGAAGCUCAAAAUGAAUUAUUAGACUCCAAAAACAGAGAGGCAAAACUGCUACAAGAAAUCAAGGCUCUAACUGAAAGGCCUAGGUCUCCAAUCUCAGCCUCUAGUGAAAACCAGCAAAAUGAAAAUUCUGAGGUGUCACAACAUCACUUCCAACAUCGAAGAAGAAUCAGAUGCUACUACUGUCACAGACUCGGGCACAUCAAAGCAUAUUGUUUUAAAAGACAGUAUGAUCUCCAAUACAGACAUAACAACAGGAGCUGGACUAGGCAGGCUCGAAAUCAGAAUAAGAAAAUCUGGGUAAGAAAAGAUCAAACACAGGCUGUUGCAUAUACCACAAGAACUAGCAAGCAAAACAUUUGGUACUUUGACAGCGGAUGUUCAAGGCAUAUGACUGGAAAUUCAGAAAAUCUUGAGAGCAUCCAGUACAAAAAUGAAGGGCAUGUCACUUUUGGAGACGGUGGAAAAAGACAAAUUAUUGCAAAUGGUACCUUGAAUGUCCAUGGGCUGCCUAAAUUGCCAAAAGUCCUUUUAGUACAAAGCCUAAAAGCAAAUCUAAUCAGCAUAAGUCAGCUUUGUGAAGAUGAACUCAAAGUAGAGUUCUCUAGAGACAAUUUCAAUGUGUUUAAUCAGAAUCAUGAGUGUGUCAUGAUGGGAAAAAGGUCCACAAACAAAUGCUACACAUGGGAUAGUGAUCUAUCUUGUUUACAGACAACCAUCAGUCAAACACAAUUAUGGCACCAACGUAUGGGACACAUAAAUUUUCAUGACCAAGGAGCAUCCCCAGGCUAUUCAUCAAACAGUGUGAUCAUUAAUGAUGUAACUCCAGCAAUAACCAUUGAUGAUGACGAAAGUCCAAGAGUUGUUGAAACAACUGUUCCGACACCCCUGACUAAUGAUAUGUAG